AUCCGCAGGAACCCCGUCACCGUCUAUGUCCUCAACCUGGCCAUGGCUGACUUCACCUUCCUGCUCUUCAUGCUCACCUACACCCUCCUCAACCUUCUGAAAGACCUCUCCUGCUCCACGCUGCCCAUCUUAGUGAAGCACCUCGUAUCACUUCUCCUGCUCUCACUAUUUGCCCACAACAUGGGCAUGUAUCUGCUGGCAGCCAUCAGCAUUGAGAGGUGUGUGUCCAUCCUGUGCCCGCUCUGGUACCGCUGCCGCCGUCCCCAGCACCUGUCAGCCGUGGUGUGUGCCCUGCUCUGGGUCCUCUCCAUCGCUGUCAUUGCCAUGGUGACAUCCCUGUGCCUAUCCCACCAGCAAGAGCAGUGCCGCCUGGCACUCAUUGCCAUGUACAUCCUCAACUUCCUCCUUUUUGCCCCAUCCAUGGUCAUUUCCAACGCAAUCCUGCUCAUUAAGGUGCUGUGCAGCUCCAGGCAGCACCAGCACAGGAGGCUCUACAUCGUCAUCUUUCUCACAGUCCUCUUCUUCCUCCUCUUUGGAGUCCCUCUCAGCGUCUGGAAUUUCAUGCAGCAUUUCAGCUCUGACCCACUUGGGCAUCACCAGGUGGUUUUCCUGCUCGCCUGCAUCAACAGCAGC